CAGUCGUGUUUGCCCCUGAAAUAAAUUAUUUGUCCGUUUUUUUGCUAACAAAUUGUUAAAAUGCCGAGACACAGGACACUGGUGGACAUUAGCCAUCGCAUUAUGAAGCGUUUUCAGCAACUGGACCUGGAUGUGGGCGAGGAGUUCAUCGUCUUCGCAGUGCACCUGCUGGCCAGAGAUUCACGUCGGGGUCUGCUUAAAUCAGACCUGGAGAAACCCACAGCCUGUGUCAUUAGCACGUUUGAGAAUCGCAUUGUGGAUGGCUACGUAGAUCCCAAGGAUUCCACCAUGGCGAAUAUGAAGAUGGCGUGGGUGAUGAAAAAGGGCCAGGCCAUCGAUUUGCAGUACGUGAAAAAGCAAUAUGAGGAUAAGUUUCAGAGGGAGCUGGAGCUGCUCAUAAAUGAUAUUCUUCAGUAUCCGGAAACCUGCAGCAAAUUGCAGCUGGAUCAGCUCUUCGCCAAGAUGCAGGUUUUCAUCGUGGCCUGCUAUAACUUGGGCUCGCCCAAGAAUCACGUGCUGCUCAAGCUUACGGCUCAGGCCCUGAACAGCGUCAUCGGCCGAAGUGAUUUGCAGAACUAUGUCUUGAAGAAGAAAUACCAUCGACUGGAGUACUUGCAGCGAUUGGCAGCAACGGUGGGUGGCAUCGUGAUCUACAACAACGAUGGCCCAGAUGGGGAUCGGGAAAACGUGAGAAGUGUGGUUGAUGAUCUUGCAAUGGCCCUAAAGAACACAGAUGCCGCCUUCACAGCCAGUUUGAAGCAUUCAGUCGACAUGCGUACCAUGUGCCAAACGGCCGUCGCUGAGCUGAUUCAUAUUGAUCACAAGGACGAGACCCUCACCUACCGAGUGCCAUUGGAACACAUGGAUCGUCUGAAUCAGUUCACCUUGACCUUUUUCAUGCUGCAUCGUUGCCUGACCACGCUGCACGAGAGCUUCCAGAGCACUAUGUACCUGAUCGAGGUGGAGCAGAAGCGCUACAACUGCGUGGUGGCCAAGAUAAAUGACGCACUCUCCAUGCGCACCGCCAUUGAUUCAGAACUGAUCUUCCCGCACUUUGUGUACUUGUCCCAGGUGUGGGGCAAUCUCAACAACUAUUUUUGCCACAUUGUCGAGUUGAACAAACUGAGGGAGCAGGUGGAGGCGCUGGUUGUCGAAGAUUUUACGACCGCGGCCAAGGAUACCAUUGCCGAAUUGCAAGCUCUCAAUAAGCGCAUUAAAAAGCCAAAGAUAUGCGCUUUUGAGGAGAGAAUGGAGGCCGUAAAGGAACUACACACCGAUGGAAACUUUUGCAACCUGGCCAAGGCGGACAUAAAGGAGUUCUGCUCCUUAGCUCUGACUGUAACCAAUGGCUUGCUGCUGCCGGCACAGGUGACCAGGAAACUGUGCUCCAAUGUGGAUAUAACCUUUGGCUUUCGGGAACUGAAAUUCACAAGGUUUGCUGAGCUUCGCUUCGAACCAUUCAUCGCCGCACUUCGGAAGGUUAUUUUCAACAGUGCCAACCUAGCGCUGCUUUUCAAGCUGGAUGAUGAUCUCAUAGCCCAGGAGAUACAGGACCUGAUCGUCGAGCCUCCAAAACAUAGUGAUUUCAAUGGUCAAACGGAAAUGGUCAUCACUAACGACCUGUCGCCGUCCAACUGGAUCAAUGUCACGUGGAAUGCAUGGGACUACCAUAGGGAGACCAUUCACUUGGCCAACAUCCGCAAGCGGCAGACCCACGACACGCAGACCAAGGUCAGCUACGGGCAGCGAAACGCCCAGAAUCAAGCCUACAACGCUCGACAGCACAUGUGAUGAAUAGGAUUCAAACUUACCACCAUUUGAUUUGUCCAAGUCGAAGACGCCGAGCUGACGAUUCACGAUGAAGU